AUGGCUCCCAAAUUAUCCAUCGCAGACGUUCUCACUCUUCCCAAGUCCACGGUAAAGAUACCUCGCCUUGGAUUCGGUGUCUAUAAAUCCCCCACCAACCAGUGCGAAGAAUCUUGUAUAAACGCCAUUCGAGCUGGAUACCGUCAUAUAGACACUGCACAGCUCUACGGCAAUGAAGCAGAGGUUGGCCAUGCAGUACGAAAGUGCGGCAUUGAUCGAAAGGAGCUCUUCCUGACGACCAAGAUCUUGACUCCGGGUGAUACUCCAGAAGAGACGUACAAGAAGGCGCUGGAGAGCGUGAGGAAGAUUGAUGGUGAAGAGGGAUAUGUUGACCUGUUUCUAGUACACAGUACUGGUUCAGGCGCUGAAGGGAGGAAGGAUAUGUGGCUUGCGCUGGAACGGUUGUUCGCAGAAGGGAAGACGAGAGCGAUAGGCGUGAGCAACUAUGGCGUUAAGCAUAUGGAAGAGAUGAAAGCAUAUGCGAAAACAUGGCCACCACAUGUUAAUCAGAUAGAGCUCCAUCCAUGGUGUCAACAAAAGACAGCUGCCGCAUACUGCAAGGAACAUGGGAUAAUCCUCGAAGCCUUCUGUCCGCUUGUCAGAAACAAGAAAGCCAGCAACACCGUUUUAGUCAACCUGGCGAAUAAAUACGGCAAAACUACAUGCCAGAUAUUGAUUCGCUACUCGCUUCAGAAGGACUGGGUGCCGUUGCCCAAGAGCGACAAUCCAGACCGUAUCAAGGCCAAUGCGGAGGUUUUUGAUUUUGAUAUUACGGACGACGAUAUGGCUGUUCUUGAUGGGCUGGAUGAGGAGGCAGGUGGUGCCAUUGUGAAGUUUGUGGGGAACGAGUAG